GUGCUAGGCGUCACGCGCGCACCGCACAAUGGAUGCGAAAGCACUGGAGCGAGUCGGCCCACGACAACUACCCCAUGGUGCAGGAGUGCAUGCAGCGCGAUUUGUUCGAGCUGCUGUACUCUCGGUUCCUCCCCUGCUCGGACCCCAACGCCCCUCCACGGCAACUACCGACCGGAGAGGACAACCCGGAGUACGACUUGAAGUGGCAUAUCAGGGACCUGGAGAAGAUCCUAAACCGCGCGUGGUACGUUGACUUGGGUCAGUGGAUGUGCUACGACGAACAAAUGGUGAAGACAGUAAGCACGUUUUCGAAAGGACUCGCUCAUUUCAACCCGGCGAAACCCAUCACACACGGGAUGAAGCAAUAUGCCGCGUCCGACAGGAACGGAUACUGCUUGAUCAACAGCAUCGACGGGAGCUUCAAAGGUGAUCCCUCCCUUGGACCCUUGGAGGAUUGCCCCCUCGGCAAAACCACGCGACACGUGCUUCACGUCCUGCUGGAGGAGUGCGAGACGCUGCGAGGGAAGCUUGUCGGUUCCGGCGUCUUCAUCGCAAUGGCCAACUACUUCACCUCGCCCACCCUGUUCGCCUGCCUCGCGUCACACGACAUCUUCGCCGUGGCUACCUGUCGCAGCCCGCGGACGUGCGGCGCUCUCCCGUACAUGGAGAGCCUCGGGCAUACGAUUCCCAACCGGGGCGACAUGACCUUCUGCCGCUCGGGUGAGAUGGCGUUCGUGCAAUGGAGAGACUCGAAGGAGAUUCUCCUUUACAGCACGGUCCACAUCGGGGAGACGGGGGGAGAAGGGGGCGGCAUCAACCACUUCAAGCCUGUACUUCUAGCUCUGAAAGGCAAAGGUCGGGCGGGGAAGCAUAAGGAGCACGAUCAGCCGGUGAUGCGCAUGGACUACGUGAAGUACAUGGGGGGGGGUUGAUAGGGCAGACCAGCAUAACGAGUCGCACUACCACGACCAUAAGUCCUCCACGAAUCACUGGCGGUGCGUUUUCGACGCGAAGAUCAUGCAGAUGCUGACCAACAACUUUCUGUUGUUUCGGAUGUGGGUGCGGCUUUUGAUGAGCGAGGUAGACAUCUUGAUGGACCCACACAACACCCCCUUUGAGGAGUUUCAAGAGUUGAAGGAUGUAAAGAAGGAGUUGGAGAGGCUGAGCAAGAGGGAGAGGGCUGAUUGGGACGAAGAAUUGUCUGAGAUUUUGAUGAAGAUAUGCAACAUGGGAACCAUCAGGAAGGGCGGGAAAGCCCCUCGGUCGUCGGAGAGACAACAGCCUACGGGGAAGGUUUGGGGUAGCGUCCAGUUUAAGUCACAGCGGUUGUGCAUGAACCCUGCAUGCCCAAAGCGAACGCUCAAAGGGUGCACAUGCGAGGAGUUUUGCACUUUCGAGGGUCAGACAGGAGUAUUGAUGUGCAAGACGUGCUUCCUCGACACGGACCGCCACGCGGCCGCCGCCGAAGCCCACUGGCAUGGGGUCGAUGUACUGCCGAGGAGGUCACAGAUGGAAUGGGAGGGGGUUUCUUAGGCUGGGUUGGGCUCGGCAAAGGGAGUAUUGGGUGAUCGUAUGUCGCUUUGCGUGGGUGUCGCCUACAAAGCCCCAGGACCACUUUUUUUUUGGGGGGGGGGGAGAUAGGGACAUGUGGCAGGUGCACCCUGCUGUGCUUUUUUUUCUUUAUUGUUUUUCCGGUUAGCCCGCCGGUGCUUGUUGCGUUGGAGGAACGACGUUGUUCAGUGACGAGUUUCUCUGUAGGGACAGUUUUGGACAUACCGACUUGUGUCACCGGCAUUGUUUGGAGACGGGACCUCCCCGCCCCCGGUUAAAACCUUCGGCGCCAUCAUCAGCAAACCCCGGCUAACAAACGUUCAGACCAAACACCAUUUUUUUCAUGGCUUGGUUCAUGCUCCAACGACGGUUCUUUGUGGAUUUUAUAACGCUCCAAGUGUGAAACAUCUGCAACUAGUCC